AUGUCUGAGCAGAUCCGUUAUUCCCUACCUUGGACAGAGACGAACUCUUCUGUCAACAAUGAGAAGUCAAGGAAUUCCAUGUCUCCUCAAGGAAACCUACUCCCUGAUGACCACAUCCGCCCAUUUUCUCGCGGAAUGAUCAAAUUGUACGGAGUUUGGUCCGUUGCAUUAUUAGCUACAUUUAUGGCUGGUUAUGGAAUCGGUUCAAUGACAGCUAUCAAUGCAAUGCCAACUUAUCAGACAUCUUUCAAUUCCGAUGGAAAAGGGGUACAAUCGCUCAAUUGUGGAAUUAUGGAUAAGCUUGUGUUCUCGAUGUGGCCUAUUGCAGCUUGUGCCUUUUUCUGGCUUGGUCCAAUACUCGCCGACAAACUCGGCCGUAGAGGCGGAAUGUUCGUAUCGUCGAUUGUAUACAUUCUUGGAACUGCUCUCAAUGCAUUCGCCAAGAACUUCCAAUGGUUACUUCCCGGCAGAUUCUUCUUGGGUGCGGCGGUAGGGCUGAUGCAGCCUGCUGCACCACCUUAUGUAGUCGAGCUUGCGCCUCCUUUGAAUCGGGGAGUUCUGACAGGUAAGGCUUAUUCAAUUGGUAUGAUACACAUCACUUAUGAUGACAAUGUCGAUGCUGAUCACUAUCACACACGGACGACUAGUUUCUGGCUUCUCGGUAACGCAGUCGCCACUAUAGUCUGCAUUUUCACAAACGAAAUGGACUCGAACCUGGCAUGGAGGCUACCCCUGAUCAUUCAAUUGGCAUGUCCGGUCAUCAUGGCUUCAAUCGUGUUAUUUCUACCUGAAUCGCCUAGAUGGCUUUUUGCUCACGGGAAACCAGAGGAAGCGAAAAGGAUUUUGUGUAAAUAUCACGGAAACGGCUCGUACACGGCAUUGGUCGCAAAAGAAAUGGACCAAAUUGCAGCUUCACUGAAUAUUGCUCCUACCAAGAUGUUUGACUAUUCGACCCUGGCUAAUACCAGAGGUAAAGCUUACAGACUGAUGUUGGCUGUGUUGACGGGUGCCGCUGGUCAAAUGAGCGGCAAUACAUUGAUGCUUUUUGCUCCCAAUCUGUACAAGCAAGUUGGCAUGAAUGGGGUUCGUCAGCAGCUAAUCAUGACUCUUAUUCCGACUUUAAUCGGACUAGUCUUUGCGAUGUUUGGCACCUAUUGUACCGACAAAAUAGGUCGACGACCAGUCCUAAUGUAUGGUACCUUCUUAUGUGCUUUGUUCCUGGCUUUAGCAAUGAUUUGCUCGGCAAUCACGUUGAAGGGAGCUACGACAGUUUCGGUCAACGAAUAUAAUGAUGCUGCUGCAAAAGGAACGAUAACGUCUUUGAUUCUCUUUUACGCCGUUUGCGGAUGGGCUUAUAUCCCUAUGGUGGCUGUUUAUCCAUCUGAGGUGAUGAGUAUGGAACAAAGAAGUACAGGUAUGGGUUUAGUGGUCCUGGCGUUGAACCUUUGUUCUGUUCUUGGUCAAUUGACCACUCCGAUUGCACUUCAGAAAAUCGGAUGGUUAACAUAUCUACCAUGGGUGUGCUGGGACCUAAUUGAGACUGGAAUAUGGUAUCUCGUAGCGGUUGAAACGAAGGGAAGGACCCUGGAAGAACUGGAUGCGAUUUUCGAUUCUCCUAAUCCCGUCAGAGCAUCUCUUAUCAUAGCUCAGGAAGUGGCGAUUCCCAACAGCGAGGAAACGGGUCACGGGAUUUCUCUUGUAUCUCCUUCUCAACUGGAUAGAAAGGCGUCUGAGGCCAAGACAGGCGAAGCACAGUGA